AGUACCGCCGGCCGCGCCAAUAUAUCCGGCUUCCUGCAUGCGUGAUUGACUGCCUUGCCACGCCGCUUACGCCAGGUUCCACUACAGGGUGACUCGAGCAGUGCCCCGGUUGUGUUGUGACAAGGGCUGGGCAUGGAGAUGGAAGAGGGGCUCGAUCUGAGCCUGUCGCUGCGCCAGUACACGCCGCCGUGGUCGCAGCUGGUGUUCGCCUGCUCCUACUGCUCACGCAGCUUCAAGAACUCGCAGGCGCUCGGCGGCCACCAGAACGCUCACAAGCUGGCCAGGCGGGCCACGGCGCUCUCUUCAGCGGCGGCGGGAGAGCUCGCCAUCGAGAACCACCACAGCGCUCCGCCGCGCCCCGGCGCCCGCGCUUGGCGAGCAGGAUAUCGUCAGCAGGCGCGGCGCACGGGUACUGGUUCGGGGGCAACCUCGUCCGGGGCAAGAAGAGGCGACCAAGAGCUUGCGGAGGAGGCGAUUGACCUGUCCCUCAAGCUAUGAUCGUUCCAACCCGUCGAUGCAGGUGCAGGCACUAAGGACAUGCAGUAGUACUUCGUUCCUCUCGUCCAAUAGUUUCAUUUGUUGUGCUGUUGUGUUUCUGCUAUUGCUUUCCGGCUUAAAUAAUUAUGUUGUGUUUCUGCUAUCUCUUCCAAUAUCAUUGCUCUUCUACUAA